AUGGAUAACGAACCUGAUUUUAUUCGUCUUGAAAUACUUAAAAAGCGUAAAAGUAGGGAAAAUGAAACUUCUGAUCAACAAGAAAAGCAUUGUGCUUAUAAUCAUGAAUAUAAAUGGAAGAAACUUGCUAAAGAAACUAUUGAGCAAUGUGAAACAAGACUUAAGUCUUAA